AUGAAGCUGUACGUUCUCGGAGGUCCGGUGAAGUCUAAAGUUCACGUGGAAGUUGCAUCGGAGACGCCGUUUAGUGAUAUUUUUACAAUGAUUCAAGAAGCCGUAGGAAAGGGCCCGCUGUGGGAAAAGUUUCAACUGCACGUGGCUGAAAUGCACGACCGAAAGGUGAGGUCCACUCCACGUGUCAUUCGAGAAGAAGACACACCAGCUUCUCUUGGUCUCUCUUCAUCUGCUGACGUUGUGGUGCUUCAGCCCCUUGGCCACCACAAUCAGCAGCAUUUCUCCGCAGCGGCGGCAACGGCAGUUUCCUCUCCCUUGUCUCCUCGGGGGGAUUAUCGCAGCCGACUGUUGGCGAUUUAUAACAAGUAUGAACCAGCGAAGCUUGGAACAGUCGAUGCUACGCUGAAAAAGUUCAAGGGGAAGGAAAAUGCCGUCAUUCGGCAGCUUAUAAAGCGGUACGGACCGGAACCGGAUCGUGACGGCUUCAACAGUGGUGGGGCAUCCCCUCUCUCGCCUGAUCGAGAAGCUUCUCUGGGAUUGUCAACACCAGUUCCGGUAGUUAACGCUGCCGCAAGCUACCGCGACCGCCUUAUCGCCAUCUAUCGUAAGUACGAGCCGUCAAAACUAGGCACAGUGAGCGGGACGUUGCAAAAAUUUCAAGGGAAGGAGGAGGCGGUGAUACGUCAGCUGAUAAAGAAGUACGGCCCGGAGCCGCCCGUCACUGAAGAAGUGCCGGUCUGCGAUGGUGCCAACUCACAGCAUGCUCCAAACACGCCAGUUCCUCUCUCUCCAGUCUUCGAUGAGAGCGUAACGGGAAGUUAUCGCAGCCGCCUGAUUUCCAUCUACCAGAGGUAUGAGCCGGCGAAGAUUGGAACGGUGGACGCCACGCUGCGUAAGUUCAAAGGGAGAGAGGAAGCUGUCAUUCGACAGCUCGUAAAAAAGUAUGGCCCGGAGCCGAAUGCUAAUUCGUUCUGCCCACAGUCCUCUGUUAGCAGUGAUGAUGCCACACGUGCAGACGCGCCCAUUGCUGCCGACUACUCUUCUGAAAUCUCACCAUUGCCUCUAGGGAUGGAGAGAGAAAAUAAGGGCAAUGCUUGUGUUGUGGCUGUUGUUACAGACGCCGACACACCUGAUGCUAAUACAGUAAGCAAUGUGAAUAAUGGUGACAGUGUGCCUAACCGGGCAUCGGCGCUGGGUACCGAGGAUGUCAGCAAACCUGAUGAAACUGUUAUUUCAAAGCAAGCGCUGCCGAUGGCUUCUGUUGCUGCGGAAAACAAUUUACAGGUUGAGUCAUAUGGUUUCCAAAAGUUUCUUUCCCCCAUUCGCCAUGAGCCCCUCGAGGAACCAUUAUCAGAAACGGACGGUAACUCCGUACCAGAUGCGGAUGCUAACGAGUACGAUGUGACGAAGGUGGAAGGUACCAAACCUGACCGAAUGCCAAAGAAACUUUCCUUCGAAGCGGCCACCAACAUGCUGGCGAGGGAUCACUUUGACACGGCAAAACGUUUCCUGAGCGAGUUUGAGUACCCUCUCUCUGGAAGGUCGUGGUCCUCCGUCACGCGGCCGCGACAGAGAUGGUCGCCCACCACAGAACCACGCCUGCUGCGUAUUGUGAGGCGUGCAGUGGCAUCGCUGAGCGAUGUCGCCGAAAAGACACUGCUACAGAGAUAUUGGCGGAAGUGGCAGUGUAAGGCGGCGCAACACAUGGCGAAUGGUCUCAUCGAAGGGAAAGCCUGGGCUAAAUUGCGUGAGGGUGCGAAACUCAUCGAUGAUGUCUCACCCCCUUUUGUGGUGUCUAAUUUUGAGGAUUAUAUCUUCCAAAACCGCAUCCGCGCCGGAGAGAUGGAUGUAGACUUCUCGGAUGACCUGCAGAAGGCACUUCGGCUGCUGCUACACACUGCCGAGCGGCACCGCUCGGUGGCGGGGAAUGCGGCAGAGGCGUUGUCCUUCGCUGACAGUGAUCUCUGUCCUGUUCGGGACACAAAAGGGAUUGCUGCAGCGCUUCACACUGUGGCGGGUGUGAUCGAUACCCUCGCCGGAGCGAGCGUGAUGGUUCAAUCACAGCGGUGUGAAAUUGCCAAGCUGGGCGAUGUGAAUGAAGAACUCCGUGUGAAGCUGAAUGAAGCGGAACCUUUUGUGAGCCGGUUUGCUGCGGCACAGGAAGAUCUUUCCAAUAGCCAGACACAGUGCACCAGGCUGGAAACACAACUUAAGCAAGUACAGGGUGAUCUGACAAACGCGAGACACCAGCUCCAGUAUCUUCAACGCGGGCUCAAGAACGAGCGGAGUAGGAAACCGUACAGCACGGAGAUUCUAGCUCAACAGAAGGAUGCCGCUUUGGCUGCGAUGCAGCAAGAACUCGCAAAGGCGAGAACGAAGCUGCGCUGUGAGCAGAAAAAAACUGAGGUCCUGGAGUCGCAACUGAAGGAAGUACAACUCGAGACGGAGCGCGCGGUGGCGAAGUUGCAUGAGCAGCCAAUGAGAAGUCUCUCUACUGGUCGCAAGGUGUCCUUUAGGGCCGCGGGACCAGUGUGGUGCUUGCAGAAGGGCGCAUUUUCCCCGGGGGGGCGUCGAUCAAAGAGAUCGACUGCAACAACAGCACCAGCAACAACGCCAUCGCCCGUCUCAUUGGGGAGGAUCUGUGAUGAUGAAUUCGAACCAAAGGAAGAAUCACUCGAGCGUAGGACGGAUGUGGACCUCAUACGUGAAAAUCUGAUACUUGAGGUAGAGCUGCAGAAUUUUCACGCCACAUCAGAAGUGGUUGAUUUUGGAAAUUGUCCACAUUGCAUGAUGCGACUCACCUCGUGUUCUGCUACACUUACUGGACCGCCCGACAGCAAGGCAGCCUUUUGUUUUAGCUGUAGGAGUUCCUACACGUUUGGCGACCUCGCGACUCGUGAGAACUACAACUCUAUGCGAGACGUUAAAAACAGUGGGAGUAUCCCUAGCAAAGCCAUUGUAUAG